AUUUUACUCAGAGGUCAAAGUUGACGUCGCCAUGUGUGGGUGCCCCAUCUACUGCUGAACAUUUUAGGUAGAAACGGCUAAAGUGUUUGUCUUUUUGUAUAAAUAUAUGAGCACGGACAUUAAAACUGCUUUUACUUUAAGCCCGCGGACCAUUUCAAGUUAAUUUUAUCAACAUAGCUAGUGCUAACUAGCGCUAGCAUUCCCAGCUCAGUUGCUGUUUGUAUCCGUUAGCUGCCGGUGUCCUUCAUAUGAUGGUUUAGCGUGACAUGUUUCGAGUCCGAUCACUAUCAAGUGCCUUAUUUAACCACAGACAGAGUGACGGAACCUUGUACAAGUUGUUUUGCACGAUGAGCGAAAGCCCCACAGCUCAGCAGGAAGCUAAGCUGUUGAAAAGAGCCAACGAGGAAAAUGAGGACUGUGCUGAGAAGGUGCAGGCCACAAAAAGAAUGAAGGCAGAUGAGGAAUCCACUGAAGAUGAGAAGAAAUAUCCCAAAAAGAAAGUGACCCUCCUUUUGGCAUACUGUGGGAAGGGAUACUAUGGCAUGCAGAGAAAUCCUGGAAACGCUCAGUUUCGGACCAUUGAAGAUGAUCUGGUUGCUGCUCUUGUCAAAUCUGGCUGUAUUCCUGAUAACCAUGCAGAUGACAUGAAGAAGAUGUCUUUCCAGAGAUGUGCCCGAACAGAUAAGGGCGUGUCUGCAGCUGGCCAAGUGGUGUCUCUGAAGUUGAGGAUGAUCGACGACAUUAUGGCAAAAAUCAACGAGCAUCUACCUCCACAGAUCAGAGUUCUUGGACUUAAACGGGUGACCCAGAGUUUCAAUUCAAAAAACAACUGCGACGCUCGCACUUACUCCUACAUGAGUCCAACGGUGGCCUUUGCCCCAAAAGACUAUGACACAGAGAAUAUAGCAGCCUAUCGCCUGGAACAAGAGACACUUCAGAGGCUGAAUCGUCUCCUUGCCCUUUAUAAAGGCACUCAUAACUUUCACAACUUCACAUCUCAGAAGGCUCCGAAUGACCCUAGCGCCCGCCGCUACAUCAUAGAGAUGUCCUGUGGCGAGCCCUUCGUCCGCAGCGGUCAUGAGUUCGCGGUGAUCACUGUGCGGGGCCAGAGCUUCAUGCUGCACCAAAUCCGUAAAAUGAUCGGCCUGGUGAUCGCGGUGAUCAAGGGCUACGCGAAGGAGGAAGUGCUGGAGCGGAGCUGGGGACAUGAGAAGGUGGAUGUUCCCAAAGCUCCAGGCCUGGGCCUGAUUCUGGAAAGGGUUCACUAUGACCGCUACAACAAACGCUACGGGGGGGACGGUCUACACGAGAGGCUGGAGUGGGAACACGAGGAGGACGCGAUCAAGGCCUUCAAGGAGGCUCACAUCUACCCAACCAUUGUAGAGACAGAAUGUCAGGAGGGCUCCAUGGUGAGCUGGAUGGCCACACUUCCUAAACACGACUUUGAAGCCACAGCAACUGUGACGGAAGACAAUAAGGAUCAGAAACAGGACAACGCAGAUGAAGGGAAUGCCUCAGAUUAGGCCGCCCCGCAAAAAGAAGAUCAUUAUCUCACCAAAGCAUUCUCAUUUUUUUCUCGGGAAUGAACUUUUUGUACUCUUUGAACGUGACAAUACCUGCUUUUCAGUGGGAUUCAAUCCCAUUUGUCUUCUAAAAAUGUAUCUUAUACAAACAACACAACAAUAAAAACGACUGUUCUUUA